AUGAGUUGGGAGGGCUUCAAGAAGGCCAUUAACAGAGCUGGAAACAGUGUGCUGAUCAAAAAUGUGGACAAAACCGUCGACAAGGAAUAUGACAUCGAGGAGCGUCGUUACAAGACUUUAGAGAAAGCGGGCAAAGAACUACAGAAGGAAGCCAAAGGGUACUUGGACUCUUUAAGGGCCGUUACUGCGUCUCAGGUUACCAUCGCAGAAGUUAUUUCCAACUUGUACGAUGAUUCCAAAGCCGUAAGUGGAGGGGGUUACAAUGUUGGAAACUAUUACUUGCAAUGCGUGCAAGAUUUCGACUCUGAAACGGUGAAACAGCUAGACGGACCCUUCCGAGAGACGGUUUUGGACCCGAUAACGAAAUUUUCGACAUAUUUCAAUGAAAUUGCGGAGGCCAUCAAAAAAAGGGAUCACAAGAAACAGGAUUACGACGCUGCCAAGGCGAAGGUGCGCAGGCUCAUCGAUAAGCCCGCAAAAGACGCCUCCAAAUUGCCACGGGCUGAAAAAGAACUUGCCAUGGCCAAAGAUAUUUUCGACAAUUUGAACAACCAACUCAAAGCAGAAUUGCCUCAAUUGGUAGCGCUGCGAGUUCCUUACUACGAUCCCAGCUUCGAAGCCCUCGUCAAGAUUCAAUUACGGUUUUGCACGGAAGGGUACACUCGUUUGGCCCAAAUACAGCAAUACCUCGAUCAGCAAUCACGUGACGACUAUGCCAACGGGUUGCUCGAUGACCGUGUAGCAGAGCUGCUACAGCAAAUGACCAACUUGAAUAUUUGCACUUUGGGUUAUAAAUGA